CCCCUCCCUCCCUCCCUCCGAGCUAGCAGCAGCAGAAGCCUUCGCUCUUCCACCACUCCAUCCAUCCAUUCCAGCAGGAGCACGAGCUCUCUCCCCACUUCUCCCCGUCCGUCCGUCGCUGCUGCCUUUUCCCUCCCCCUCCUCUGCGCUCCUAGGUUAGGAGUAGGGGCUUUUCAAAGGAGAGAGCAAAAGAGAAAGUCCUUGCAUACCCCAACAAGGCAACCCGCUGCUGCCUUUUUCUCCCUCCCCUCCCCUCCCCUCCCCCCUUCUCUCUCUCCACCCUCUCUGCUUUCUUGUUAUCUUCAGCCCAGCCAACGAGAGCAGAGCAGAGCAGACCAGAGAGAGGCUAGAGGUGGACCGAAACAUCGGACACCAAGCAGGGAGGAAGGAAAGACGGCGGGCAUGUGGGAUCUCAAUGACUCGCCGGCCGCCGAGGCGCCGCCGCUGUCCCCCUCCGUCGACGACUCCGGCGCCUCCUCCUCGUCCGCCGCCGCGGUCGUCGAGAUACCCGACGACGCCGACGACGACUCCGCCGAGGCCGUCGUCACGCGCCAGUUCUUCCCCCCGGCCGCCCCGGGCGAGGCCGCCGCCGGGAACGGCCGCGCCGCGUGGCUCCGCCUGGCCGGCGCCCCCGCGCCCGCCGUGGCCGCAGCAGCCGCCGGAGCAGGAGCAGCAGGAGGCCCCGCGGCUGCGGCGGCGGCCAAGAAGAGCCGGCGCGGGCCGCGGUCGCGCAGCUCGCAGUACCGCGGCGUCACCUUCUACCGCCGGACGGGGCGGUGGGAGUCGCACAUAUGGGAUUGCGGCAAGCAGGUCUAUCUGGGUAAGUUUCCUCCAUCUCCAUCUUGUCCAUACGUCCAUACGGAUCGGCCGCCAAUUUGCGGCCGGCCGGCGGUUUUCCGUUCCCAAUUCCUCACAAUGGCUCGGCGAAUUGCAGGAGGAUUCGACACUGCUCAUGCGGCGGCUCGGGCGUACGAUCGGGCGGCGAUCAAGUUCCGCGGCAUGGAGGCCGACAUCAACUUCAGCCUGGAGGAUUACGACGACAUCAAGCAGAUGGGCAACCUGACCAAGGAGGAGUUCGUCCACGUGCUCCGGCGGCAGAGCACGGGGUUCCCCCGGGGGAGCUCCAAGUACAGGGGCGUCACGCUCCACAAGUGCGGCAGGUGGGAGGCGCGGAUGGGCCAGUUCCUCGGCAAGAAGUACGUCUACUUGGGGCUGUUCGAUACCGAGGAGGAAGCCGCCAGGUCGUACGACCGCGCUGCCAUCAAGUGCAACGGCAAGGAUGCGGUGACAAACUUCGAUCCCAGCACCUACGCCGAGGAGUUCGAGCCAGCGGCCUCGACGGGCGACGCGGAGCAGAACCUGGACCUGUCGCUGGGGAGCUCGGGGGGGUCCAACAAGAGGGGCAGCCUCGACGGCGGCGGCGGCGACGACGAGGGCGCGGCGGGGUCCGACCAGCGCGUGCCCAUGGCCUUCGAGCUCGACUGGCAGACGGCGCGGAGCACCAAGGCCAAGUUCGACCAGAACUCGACGCAUCGCCAGAUGCCCCCUCCCGCCCUGCAAGCCUCCCACAUGGCCUUCAGCCCCAGGCAGCACCAAUUCAUGGGCAGCGCCGAUCCGGGGACCGCGGGGGGCCUGUCGCUGACGGUCGGCGCCGGCGCCGGCGGGUUGGCCGGGCACUGGCCUCCGCACCACCAAUACCAGCCGCCGCCGCCUCCGCAGCAGCAGCAGAGGAUGCACGGCUGGGGCAACGUCGUGCCCGGCAGGAGCUGGCAGCCGCCUCAGCCGCCGCCGCACCACCAGGCGGGUCCGCCGCCGAACAACGCUGCCGCCGCCGCAGCAGCAGCUGCAGCAUCAUCACGAUUCCCACCCUACAUCGCCGCGCAGGCGCAGAGCUGGCUCCAGAAGAACGGCUUCCACUCCCUGGCCAGACCCACCUAAGCUUGCCAGCUCCACCACCGCGCACCGCGUUCAUCCACCAUCCAUGGCGAAGAUCGGUCCACCGAACCAGGCGAGAUCACGGAGGAGCAUGGGCGUUUCCUCAGAGCCCACAACCAUUACCACCACAACUCAACUGGAACUGAAACCGAAACCGAAACUGGAUGCUAGUAUUCUUAUUCUUUUUCCAUUUCUUGUUAUUUUUACUUGAUUGAGCGAGCGAGAUGGAUUUGAGAGGACGGAUGGAUGUGGUCAUGUAAAUGCGGAGUUCCCCAAGAAGACGAUCGAGAGAGAUUGGCUCUAGCUCCUAGCUCUAGCUCUAGCUAGCUUUCAACCCAAGUGUCGAGCAUGUGUGUGUGUGUGUGUGUGUGUGUGUGGUGGAGUAUCUUUUGGUGCUUUUCGUUGCAUACCAUGGCCAACAGCGAUGACUCGGGGGUGUCCACAUCACA